GUUCUUCGCCCUGGGAAUAGUGUUCGACGUGAAUCAUGAUGAUGGCCGUAGUAGACGAAGACCGGAAUCUCGAUGGAUGCGAAGUCAAGGGUGCCAAGCAUCGCCAAAUUGUGUCUGUCCUCUUAGUCGUCGACCACCACCAUGUCGGACUUCACCCUUGUUGAGCCUGCCGGCUGGACGCUCUCGCUGCAGUCGAUAUACUCGGCCUACAUUGGUUACUUCCAGAUUCAUGGAAUCCCUUGGUGGGACCGGUCUUGGGGCCAUCUCUUCUCGUCGUUUGGCGAUUUCCUCUCCUUUUCGUGGCCUGUGAUUACCUUGACCGAUGCGACGACGGGACAGGCGCAUAUAGUAACGAGGCCGGGGUCGCUGAAUGCAUUCCUCAAGAUGGUCAAAACGAGAUUCGGUGAGACACUCCCUAUACCGCCCAAUAUCCUGCAUGUUACGCCUUUUUCUGGUGCUUCACGACAUAUGAGGCAUCUCAACGACUGGACUGGGUACAAAAAACUGCAUGCGACCCUACCCGCCUCAGAAUUGGCUGCGAUUAGGACACGAAUUCGAGCGGGAGAUCCAACAGUCAUCGUGCCGCUCUGGAAGGCACGCGACAAGACUUACCUCACGCUGUCGUUUGUAUGGAGCGAGCGGAACGAGAAGAGUUGUCUAGAGUGGGGGUAUGCUGCGGUUCGGUGUUCGGUCCUGGACUCGCAAGGACAAUGGCCUCCCGUCCCGGAUGUGAAUUAUCGCUCACUAUCCCUGGCUGGGAACGGUCCGUUCGCAACGAUAGGUGAAACUUUUGAUCAUGCUCGGAAAGGACAUUACAUAACUGCAGAAUACGCCGACCAAGUCAUCAAUCGUAUUAACCCAACCUUCCCAUGGUCGUAUGCCUUCGGAGAUUCGCAAGUCAUUGGAAAGUCCAACAUCUCCCAGGUCGUCGAGGCUGUAGUCUCUUCUCUCGCAUCGCCUGAUUCGGACACAACUGCCAACAAUCUCGUUCUCGUCAUUCAUGGCUCGGCCGAGGUUAUCCCACGUCUUCAACAGAUGGGCAUAAAGCUACCGCAUAAUAUGCAUAUCAUCGAUACCGCAUCCUUUGAGCGAACUCUCUUCGCUGCAGGGAAGCGCGGCAUCAUGGAAGGUCGGCAACCUGGCUCGUCGAUGACUCUCGACGGUCUCAUUAUGACGCUCGCCCCCGGUUUGGCCAGCAUACCGCGCAACACGGGCAACGAGUCGUUCCUAGGUUUGUUUGCCCUUCAAAUGCUCCUCGAACCUGAAGGUGUCCGGAUGCCGACUGUGAAUGUCAAGAACGUCACCGCCGGAAUGAGGCAUUCGAUGGUCAUGAAUUCGAAGAAUGGCACUGGGAUUAGUCCCACGGAUCUAGGUAUACCAGUAGAGGAAUUUGGCCAGAUGAAGUUUGGGCCGGGGAGGUCGGGGUCCAGAUCUCCUGGGAGGCAACUCGAUGCCGCGGAUAACAGGAGGUCGAGGAGGUUAAGUGGGUUUGUGUUGACGCGGUAAAUUCUUUUGGACUAUUUCGUUUCACAUCAUGAAUAUCUCGGAAUUUGGACUACGCACAUGCUAUGACUAUAUGGACUCGCUAUACAUUGCUACUCGAAUUGUACACUCAUAGUUGUAUAUAACAGUAAUCUCUCAAUAGGAUUGUAGGCUUAUCUUUGGUGGGAAGAGUUACGACAAUGAUACUUAGCACGCGGAAGCAUUGAAAACUCAGCACGCCAAUCCCUCGUCAUGCGGCAGGCCGGCAAC